CCAACGCAAACACAGUUUUCUUCCUCCAUAGAACAACUCUAUUUUUUCCAGGGUUCCACAAUCAUGAUAUCAUCCCGAAGGUCCCCAAUGGGUGAUUUCACUCAUAAAAUGAAAGCCACCACAGAGAUCCCCCCAGCUAGGAUGUUCAAUGCCUUUGUCUCUGAGGCUGAAUUUAUCAUCCCCAAUUUUUAUGUUUCAAAGGCCAUAUUGGCCAUUCAGAAUGUCGAACUCAUUGAAGGAGAUGGAGGCCCUGGAAGCAUUAAGAAAAUCACCUUUGGAGAAGGAAGCCAAGUCAAGUAUGUGAAGCAAAAGAUUGAAGCAAUCGAUGGGAAAAGCUUCUCGGUCAACUAUAGUCUCAUAGAAGGUGAAUCUCUGAUGAGCAAUUUGGAGAAAAUUUCUUAUGAUAUCAAGUUUAUAGCAGCUUCAGAUGGAGGAUCCAUUGCAACAUAAGCAGCAGCAAGCAUUAUACCUUUGGUGACAUUUAUAUCAAGGAAGAAGAUAUCAUAGCAGAGAAAGAAAGGGCCCUGGGGUUGAUCAAGGCUGUAGAAGCCUACCUCCUGGCAAAUCGAGAAGCUUCUAAGAUCAAAGUUGAUUAGUCUUUAUUUGGCUUGUCUGGAGUGGUUUGCCCUUCUGUUCAAAUAAAAGAAUUGUUUGUUCUUUCUAAUGUUUUCUUUGCAUUAAGCAGAUCUUAUUCUAACCCUAUCUUUGCUCUGUUCUUUGGACUUUGAGGUUCUGCUCUGUAUUAAAAACCUUCAUCUUCA